CAAUGGCGUCUUCUUCCUUAUUUGGCUGCUGCGUAUGUCUUAGAUUAUUUCUCCAAAUCACUGUUUGAGAACUUCGUAGAUUUUUUUGCAGGCUUACUGACAAAGCAAAGGAGUCAGAGACAGGCUGAUUUGGGACGUGAGAUUCAUGCUUUAUGUGCUGCCAGCAAACCACUGUCUUCUUGGACUGCUCAGCAGGCAGCCCAGGAGUGUCGAGAAGCUUGUGGAGGACAUGGUUACCUUGCGAUGAAUCGUCUGGGUGAAAUCCGAAAUGACAAUGAUCCAAACUGCACAUAUGAGGGAGAUAACAAUGUCCUGCUUCAGCAAACCAGCAACUACUUAAUGAGCUGGAUGAAUUGCAUAAGAGAUAAAGUGCCUUUCGAAUCCCCUCUUGGAACAAUAAACUUUUUGCAAGACUACCAUCAGAUCCUUGGCUGGAAAUUCACAGCCAUUAGCGUUGAAGAUUGCAUGGACUCCUCAGUUCCUUUAGCAGCAUAUAAGUGGCUGGUUUGCUACCUGCUCCGAGAAAGUGACCUAAAGCUGAGAAAGGAGAAGCAGUCAGGGAAAAGUGAUUUUGAGGCAAAAAACAACUGCCAGGUGUACUACUGUCGAACACUAGCCAUUGUUUUUGUUGAACAAACAGUCUUACAAAGGUACCACAACUACACUCAUGAUCCCAACAUACCAUCUGCUCUGCAGACAGUGCUUAAGAAUCUCAGUGCUCUGUAUGGGCUCUGGUCUUUAAGUAAACAUCUGGCGGUGCUCUACCAAGGUGGCUAUGUUUCAGGUGAACAAGCUGGUAGAUUUAUUCAGAAUGCUAUUCUGGAGCUUUGCUACAGGUUGAAAGAGGAUGCAGUUGCCCUUGUUGAUGUCUUUGCUCCUCCUGACUUCAUUCUCAACUCUCCCAUUGGUAAAGCUAGUGGCGAGUUAUAUAAAAAUAUGUGGUCGGAGAUCCUUCAAGGCAACAAAACUCUGAACAGACCUUCGUGGUGGGCAGAAUUUUGUAUUAAUAAACCUGUUACAGGCAGGCUGAGGUCAAGAUUGUAAACCAAACAACUUGUAAAAGGCCGGAUAGGCUUGAGAUGGAUACCAUAUUUCAAACGUCAGGAGGAAAUGAGACCAUAUGUCAAACAUUGAAAAGCAAGAGAUUUUCAUAUAGAAGUGCCAAGUUUUAAAAUAACUUUGAAAUCAGGUCCAACUUGGUCUCAAGGACUCUUAACAUAAUAAUGACAUGAGUGGGAGCAACACAUCUGCACACUAUUCAUAUUUACUCGGUUAAAUACAAAGAACGAAGGUUCAUAAUGAUCACUGCUUUGCAAAGUUUCUGUAAACAGUGUUCCAAUUGCUCUCUUGACCACUGGCAUAUUACAGAAGUUAAAUAAUUAAAAAACAUUUCCUCCAGGGCAUAUGAACAAGCUGAAAAAAUGUAUUUUUUCAAGAUUCUAGGAUAAUAUUUGCAAAAUAAAAGAGAAUAUGAAGACAAAAAGGAAAAAGACAUGAAGAACACCAACAGUGGUAAACCUGCAAUAAGGGAUAGGGUUCAUUCCUGACAGCCAUGGAGCUCUUCUGAUUUACAUUAUGCCCCUGUGUUAAACUGCUUAAUUGUUCUUCCAAUGCAAGAAGAGGAUUGGAUUUGUAGAUAAUCUGCCUUUGAAUUAUGUGUUUAUCUGUACAUACAACAAAUUAAACAUGAUUCAUGCAUCUUUUUUUUAAAUAUGUAGUAAUACGAACACAAAAGUCUUGUAUAUAUUUUCUUUGUUGAUAAUAACAUUUUCGCUGCUGCACAGCUAGUAUCAAGUCUGGGAUAUAUUGAUGCACAGAAAUUGCAUCUAUGUUUUAGGUCAGAAUAUACUCUUAAUUAUUAUAAAUAUGGAAUUAAAAGCACAUACAACAGUUAUAGGCAUUAUUGAAUGUAUUAGUAUUUUUUUUUUCAGCUAUAUUAAUUGUCAAAUGUUUUUAACUGUCAGUUUUCUUCAGGAAUGGAAAAGACAACAGUACUUUGAAAAUUCAGAAUAUUUUGUUUCAGAUAUGUUGUGAAAAACUAAUUUUUCCAUUAUUGUAUCUAUGAAGUACUGUUAUGCAUAAAUCUUGUUUCUUUUUUUUGUUAAGAAUAAUCCUUUCAAGCCUAAGAGAUUUAUCAGUUCAAAAGUUGAGAAUUUAUGGCUAAUUAUGGAUAAUUUUUGGCUUGGGCUAUUAAAUGAAUGUGAAUUCAAUACUUGAGUGUUAAAUUCCACUUGAG